AAAUUAUUGUCUCCUGUCAUCUUAGAAAUGUUACCGGGAGCACAUGGAAUAGUGAAUGGCGGCGUAUCUGUGGGAGUUAAGGGAUGCUGGGAAGGGAGCAUUAUUGAUCGUGCGAAAAUGGGAUGGACGUAUCCAUUCGCGCUGAGCACCCAGUCCGCGGACGUGGGACCGUCGUCUCAACCUCAAAAACACGCUUUUAGGCCUUUAACGUUAGUUUAAUAAACCGAAAUAGCACAAAACGGUCCCCGCUGGAGCGUUCGCGACUCAAAAACCAAAAUGUUAACACCGCGCGCGUUUGAAAAACCCACAAAACCGAAACACCAACUAGAAAACCAGCAUGACCAGUGAUCUGAAGUAUCUUCGACCAAAAAUCUCGUCAAUACGCUUAAAUAUCAAUAAUUAGACACCAAUGGCUUGCAUAGAGUAAUAGAAAAUCAUGUGUUUUGAGUGCCGUGUGCUGUAGGGAGCGGACGAUAAAGUGACAUGGCUGAAGUAUUCUCGCCUGGAUAAGUGAGAUAUGAGUUCUAGCAUAAUGUGUGGGAUAAAUUCAUUUUCUAAACGUAAAUUCUGUUUAAAAUGGUGCUGGAGGAAGCGUUGGCCUAGGCUGGCGCCGCGUGAACGUUCGUUAUAAAACUAGUUUAGUAUAAGUUAAAAAAAUAACCUCAAGAUGAAUUCGUUUAAUGCCCCGACUACCCAAAUAAACGCAAUAGACAAAAUGACAACAGUAAAAUCGAAAUCGGUGGACCUGGAGGGAUAUGUUAUUAUUGUGGCUCAGACCAAAGAUAACAAAGUCAAGUUGUAUGGCUCCCCGUCCGCCGGGAACAUGGACAACCUCGAGCUCGCCGACGAAAUCAUGGACGUGAACGAGACGCGGCUGGACGAGAUGAACCACACGGAGGUCAUCGGACACAUCCAUGAGUGCAUCUCGUCCUGUCUCAUCAAACUCCGAGUGAAGCGACGUAGCGAAACCAAACUAUUAUCGGACAUCGGACUCAGCAACAUCCAGGAUGCGUUCCUCAUCGCGGUCGAGGAGCAGGCGGCGCAGCGCCUCCAGCGGCUGUCGGCCCUCAAGCGGAUCACCCCGGUGGACAUGUCCAAGCUGUCUGUAGAGUUGAAUCGCCGAAAACGAACGCAGCCCGAGAACCGUCAAGAGCUGAACGGCUACAUAGGCAACUCCACCGUCUACGUCACCUCCAUCAACGAGGACGGAGCCAUCGAGACCAAACCCACCAUCUCAUCCCCCAAGUCACUCCCCAGAUCCCUCCAGGCCAAACCCACCCCCAUCAUCGCCAACGGAAUAGACAAAAUAGAACCUAUCAAAGAAGUUGUCGAAGUUAAAGUGGAACCGGAGAAACAUGAGAAGGACAUUAGUGAGAAAAGUUUGAAAGUUCAAGUGGAUAGUGUUGAUAGUGAAGUGAAUAGUGAGAAGGAUCUUUACAGUGUCGCCAGGGAGCACCUCAGUAACGGGAGGUGCGAGAAGCUGAUCGGAGAGCCUGAUUAUAAGAUCAGGGCGUCGGCUGUUGUGGAGAAUAAUAAGCUUGGACCAGGGGAGAAAGGACCGCGGCGCCGCUCGGGCUCGAGCAUUGUGGUGCUGGGCGCCGAGGACGAGAAACGACCGCCGCCGGAUGACGACAAAGACAUGCUUACUAUGCUGUCCCUCUCCGCAGACACCGGUCCUCACCGCGAGAUGGCGGUGGACGUUCCGGACAGCUUCAUCGCGCGCAACAAGACGCCGCCCCGCUACCCCCCGCCGCGCCCGCCGCAGGUACGCCUGCGCCCCUCCAGGGACGACGAGACCCUCCUGCUGUCCUCGGGCUCCGGCACCAGCUUCGGCAGCAAACACUCCGUCCUGCAGAGCGCUGUAGACUCCGGACCUAGCUCUGACGGAUCCAGCUAUAAAAACAACAGCACCAUGGAACUAUUAUCAGGACCGCAGAGCUCCGAAGGAUCUGGGACUAGCUUUGGAAGCAAAAAAUCGAAAGGCUCUUCAGAAACAGCCAAAUGCGAGUUGCUAUCCGACAGAGGAUCAGUAGCAUCGAACACUACACACACAUUAAGCGACCAUAAGAUCCAACUACUCAUAUCUAAUGGCGACGAUUCUUUGCUAGAUUGUAGAGAAGGCGUCUCAUACUCGGCGCGGACGGAUUCUGUGCUCAUACGUGAAGCGGUCUACGCGUCUUACAAUCUCCCGCCUGGCUUCGACACAACGCCAGUCCUCCUCGGGAGGGAGGUGGCUGUGGAUGUCCCUGAUUCGUUUGUCCAGAUUGUGAAAACCACCCCGAAAUAUCCGGGUACCGUGGACAGAAAGAGCUUGCAGCAGGUGAACGGCACCGCGAAGACAGCCGCCCCCGCCAUCCCCCCGCGGGAGGCGCCCCGUGACGCACCCCCGCGGCCGCCUGCACACGAUGUCACUAAAGAGCAGAUGGAGUCUAUCAAGAAAUAUCAGGAACAACUUCGACAACGCAAAGAAGCGGAGGAACGCGCGGCGGCCCAGAACGAGUUCCUACGCACCUCGCUCCGCGGGUCCAACAAGCUCCAGGCGCUGGAGUCUACGCCCAGCGGUGGGACCGCCUUCGUCAACGAUGCCUACGACCCCUACGAUGACGAGCUGGACGGCGAGUCGACGCUUUACAAUAUUGUCGAUUACCAAGAAGUAUCAUCAGCUCUCACUCGCAUCCAAAAGGCGCUCGGGGCAGCCGGGGAGUCGGCGCUGGCGGCGCGGGUGGCGGGCGCGGCCAGCGCUCUGCUAUGUCCCGAGCUGCGUACUGCGUUAGGCACGAGGACCGCUGUGCUGACGACAGCGAGGCAUGAACGGCCUGGGCUAGCGCCGCCGGUUACACAUAGGGCCACGGAGCGGCUAAAAGAAUGUAUGGACGUAGUAGGCGCUCAUACAACUACCGGCGGAGUGGCGGCGGCGCUCUGUGCCGAACUUCUAGCCGCGCUGGGUGGGCUAGAGCUAGAGUCGCUUCUACAAGCACAUGACCAAGCUGCAGCGCUCCUGGACCCGGCUAGCUUCACGAGGAAGAGAAAUAAGACUGGCAACAAUCUAAAUCACAAAGACGACAAAGCUUUAACUGCGCCCGACGACCCCGGCGAGCACAUUAAAAUCAUCAAAAUAGAAAAGACUAAUGAACCACUUGGUGCUACAGUGAGAAACGAAGGAGAAGCGGUUAUUAUCGGUAGGAUAGUGCGCGGUGGCGCGGCCGAAAAGUCAGGGUUAUUGCACGAGGGAGACGAGCUUUUAGAAGUAAACGGCGUGGCCAUGCGAGGGAAGUCAGUGCACGAAGUGUGCCAAGUGCUGGGCGCGCUGUCGGGCACGCUGGCCAUGGUGGUGGCGGCGCGGGGUGGCGGGGGAGGGGGAGGGGGAGGGGCAGCGGGAGGAGGGGAGCGCGCGCGCGCCGCCGCCGCGCCGCGCGUGCUGCACGUGCGCGCGCACUUCGACUACGACCCCGAGGACGACGUCUACAUACCGUGUAGAGAGUUAGGUAUCAGCUUCCAAAAGGGCGACGUUCUGCACGUGAUCAGCAGGGAAGACCCGAACUGGUGGCAGGCCUUCCGAGAAGGCGAGGAGGACCAGACCCUCGCCGGACUCAUUCCUAGCCAGGCCUUCCAGCAUCAACGAGAGUCCAUGAAGCUGACGCUAGCCGGCGAAGUGGCGGCCCGCGACAAGCCGCGGAAGGGCGGCACGCUGCUCUGCGCCAAGAAGCCGCCCCGCAAGAAGAAAGGAAAGAAGGCCACCAGCGAGGCCGGCUACCCGCUGUACUCCACGUCCAACGCCGAAGAUUACGAACAAGAAGAGAUCCUAACAUACGAAGAAGUGGCGUUAUACUACCCGCGCGCGUCACACAAGAGGCCGAUAGUCUUAAUCGGGCCUCCAAACAUCGGCCGGCACGAGCUUAGACAGAGACUGAUGGAAGACAGUGAGAGAUUCGCAGCUGCUGUACCACACACGUCACGGCCGCGGAAAGACCACGAGGUGCCGGGCCAGGAUUACCACUUCAUCUCGCGCACGCAGUUCGAGGCCGACAUACUGAACAGGAAGUUCGUCGAGCAUGGAGAGUACGAGAAGGCUUAUUAUGGCACAUCCCUAGAAGCGAUCCGCGAAGUAGUCAACUCCGGGAAGAUCUGCGUGUUGAACCUGCACCCGCAGUCGCUCAAGAUCCUGCGGACGUCGGACCUGAAGCCCUACACGGUGUUCGUGGCGCCGCCCAGCUUGGAGAAGCUGAGGCAGAAGAAGAUUAGGAAUGGAGAGGCUUUUAAGGAGGAGGAACUAAAAGAGAUAAUAGCGACAGCGCGAGACAUGGAGCUCCGCUGGGGCCAUCUCUUCGACAUGAUCAUCAUCAACAACGACACGCAGCGCGCCUACCAGCAGCUGCUCAACGAGAUCAACAGCCUGGAGCGCGAGCCGCAGUGGGUGCCGGCGCACUGGCUCAAGCACACCUAGCGCCGUGUCCCCGGGGGCAUCCGUGCCAUGCCUGCCGCCAGCGGGCACAGCGACACCGGCGGGCACAGUGACGCCGGUGGGCACAGCGACGCCGGCGGGCACAGUGACGCCGGCGGGCACAGUGACGCCGGCGCCACUCCCACCCGCGCCGUGAGGACUAUCAGCAACACCGAGCUCGGUGGCGCGAUCGACGCGUUCAAACUCAUCCUGGUUAUAGGUAUCAUAAAGCGAAUGGUUUUACAUUUGCUCGUCUACCUCCACGAUUCGUGGGGUCGGCUGCUCGGGCGGGAUUCUAAAGUAGAUGUAGGUAAUAGUGUCCGCGCUUCCUGUACGGAGCGGAGGUUGUCCCCCGCGUGAUUGUUUUCUAUCGUCGUGUUUUCGUUCGUGACGGUUUGGUGGUUUCGAUUUUGGACAAUUCCGUUCGAUUGUUUUUAAUGUCGUGUGUAGAAUAAGGUGCGAUGCUUAUGAAUGAAUAGAAGUUGUAUAAAAUGUACGAGAGAAAUAGAGUCGUAUUUAUAUUCAGUGAUGAUAGUUGACCACGUUUCGUAAGUCGAUAGUCUCCAUUUCAUAAUUUACGGGCAAUAAUAUUCAUUAUCGUCGGAUUAGGUUAAGUUUGGGCAUACGUGAUGUAUAAAUAAGGGAUUUGUCAUACGUGACGCGGAUUUUUUUGGAUAUU